UCGGUGCUCAGUUUUCUAACAAACACAAUCUGUGUUUGUCUCUCAGGAUUCUCUUGCGUUUGCUAUCUUUCUGUGUGGCUAAGCGUUCUAGGAUCAGAUCUGAGUUUAAUUGUGCUAGCCAUUUGUCUCUGAUUCUCUAAGCAUAAUGGCUGAACUCGUCCUCAACUUCGUCAGCCCAAUCAUAGAGAUUGCAGUUCCUAAAGCAAUUUCAUUUUCUGCUGCACAAAUCAGCACGGCAUGGGGUCUGGAGAAGGAGCUGGGGGAGCUUGCUCAAAAACUGACUAUGAUCCAAGGAUUGCUUCAAGAUGCUGAAAAGAGGCAAGAAAGCGAUCCAGCCAUAAGGAGUUGGUUACAGCACCUCACGGAUGUAGCUUAUGAUGCGGUGGAUGUACUGGAUGAGUACGAGUAUGAGGUUCUUAAGCACAAAGUUCAGACUCAAGGCCGAAAGUGGAAACAGGUGCGCACCUUUUUUGGUGUUUUCAAUUCAACUGCCUUUCGUCUUAGCAUGGCUGAUAAGAUUAGGAAGAUUAAUGAGACUCUGGAUAAAAUCAACAACCCACUGGUUUUGCUUCUGCCAAUCAGACUUAGUGGCCAAAGUGAUUCCACUGCUGGUGCAAGGCAAUAUCUUGAGACAGAUUCCAUCCCUGAUUGCUUCAAAUUUGUAGGAAGGCAUAAUGAUGUCUUAGAUAUUGUCAACAAGCUGGAUAAUAUAAGGAGUCAACAUAUCCUCUCUGGCAUUUCAAUAGUAGGCUUUGGGGGCAUAGGCAAGACAACAUUAGCGAAGUCAAUAUGUAGUAUGGUAAAAGAACAAAAGUUGUAUGACCUGGUGGCUUGGGUUUGUGUGUCUGAGGAAUUUGAUGAAAAAAUAAUAUUAGGAGAUAUCCUUCAACCUCAUUCAAAUUUGAAAAGCCUCACUAUUGAUGGUUACAAAGGAAAGAUGUUCCCAUCUUGGAUGGGGAAUGAUAUCAAUGGUUUUGGUUCAUCAUUCCUUCUUGACAACAUGGUGGAGUUGCAGUUAAGUGAUUGCAAUGAGUGCACGUGUAUUCCGAGUUUGGGACUAUUGCCUUUUCUCAAAGUUCUUCACAUUAACAGAAUGGAUAAUGUUAGAAGAAUGGGUCACAAGCUUCAGCCUGGCGGAGCAGAAUCAAUCAGAUUGUUCCCAGCUUUGAAAACACUCAGUGUAUAUGGCAUGAAAAGGCUAGAGGAAUGGGUUGAAGUUGUCGAGGAUGCAGCUGCAGGGAGCCAAGGUGUGAUCGUGUUUCCUUGCCUUGAGGAUGUGCAGAUUCAUGGUUGUCCUUUGUUGGAGACUUGGUCGAUGGGCGGAUUUUCAUCUCAUCAUAAGCUCUCUAUGCUGCAGAUACAGUGGUGUGAGAAACUGAUGGCUAUCCCUAGUUUAGAUGGGCUCUCAACUCUUAAAAGGUUUGGGCUCGAGGGCAAUAAUGGAUUAACAAGUCUACCAAUUGGGCUUGGAUCCAGCAUCUCUCUUCAGUUCUUGCAAAUUGAAAGUUGCCGAAAUCUGAACACCAUUCCAACUAUGAAUGGGUUGACAUCUCUUGAUUACCUCCGCCUUUCUCGUUGCGAUGGAUUAACGUGUCUUCCAAUUGGGCUGGACUCUUGCAUUUCACUUCAGAAGUUGAAAAUUCAAUUUUGCCCUAAUUUAAUUUUCAUUUCUGACGAUAUCAAGAAAUUGCGUUCUCUCAGUAUUCUUGAAAUAGCAUUUUGCGAAAAUCUAAGGAGCCUUCCAGAGGAGUGGCUAGAUAGCCUCACCCGCUUGAAGAAGUUACGCUUUGGUCCUUUUUGGUCGGAGUUGGAGGAAUUCCCAGGAUUGACCUCCAUUCAUCAAUUCCACCCCUCGCUUGAAGUAUUGUUCUUGUACGGAUGGGAUAAACUAAAGUCUCUGCCACAUCAGCUUCGACAUCUCACUGACCUCAAGGAAUUAAGUUAAGGAAGUUCAAUGGCCUGGAAGCUUUGCCAGAGUGGUUGGGAGACAUGUCUUCUCUUCAUUGGCUGGAGAUUUGGGAUUGCUCUAAUUUGACUCAUCUGCCUUCUAUUGAAGCCAUGCGAGGCCUCUCCAACUUAAAAUAUCUUGGAAUUUGGGAUUGUCCGAAAUUGAAGAAAAGAUGCGCCAAAAAGAGGGGCCCCGAAUGGUCCAAGAUCUCCCACAUUCCCAAUAUCAACAUACACUUGAAGAACGUGCCAGGGGGAUUACCAAUCUUCCGAUGGUAUGUUUAAUUUCUGGAACCCUAAUCCCUUCAUUCCACAUCAUUUAAGUAUUAUGCUAAUCAGAAAGUUAACGGCUGUAAAGCAUUUCUUUUUAAUCUUUUACUUUGGAAAAAAAACACGUCCUCUCCUCUAAAACAUAUUAUGUUAUUCAAAUAAUCAAGUUAUAGUCUUGAUUUAUGGAUCUAAAUAAUUAUGCGCAUCUGCUCAGGCCUCAGGGUUCCUCUAAAGCUAGUGAGUUCCUGAACUCCUUUCUGCAAUCCUUCUGUUCAUUUUU